GAGGUGGGAAUGUGUCCCACUGCGACAGAGUCAGAGCUAUCGGAUCUGAGAGGGCCUGAACCCGCUCAUGCUGAGUGUCUGAAGUAUGAUCCACAAGCCACGGUUGACUGUAGCCCUGCAGAGAGGGAAUCCGCACUGCUGGAGAGAGAGCGAGCCAAGGAACCAGUUUCAGCAAUGGAGAGAGAAAGGACAAUGCGCAACCUGGUGGAUAUGCAAAGGAAGGUCGAACAGAGGCAGCAGAGAGACAGAGAAAGACAACUGCUAAGGGUUCAGGAGCGUCUGUCGAUCAUCCAGAACAGAAAGGCGGAGGAAGACCUGCUUGGCCUGAAACACACAGACAGGCUCAGGCACCUCACACAAGACCUACCACAGGAGGAUAAGAACCAGCAGAAGACAGUUGUCAGAGAGCGACUGGAGCAGCUGAGAAGAGAGCGAUCUUAUGUCAUGCAGUCCAAACGAGACAGGAAUACUGCAGGAUUUAAGGAACUCCUGGGUCCUGUAGCUCUCCACAGCAGAGAAACAGAUGACGGAGCAGACUGA